UUAAGUGAGAUACACGCAUGCUUCGCAAGGAGUCCGGCUAUCAUAUACUGCCCUGUAACAAAUUUAGAAGCGUUUCAGCUGUCGGUGUCUCCCCCUCUCCGAUUUGAAGAAAUGGCGUUGCUAACGACAUUUUUUGCCUUUUUGUAUCACCUGCCACGUGUUUAUAAGUGGCUGCUAAAGCCGUAUUAUGUUGCCUCGCUGAUUUUGUCUGUUGCUUUCCUGGUGGUUCGAAAGACGCCGGGCAUUUGCGAACACCUGGCGUCGCAGAGAGAAGACGGCAACUCCUGCGACUUUGACUGGAGAGAAGUGGAGAUCCUGAUGUUUCUGAGUGCCAUUGUCAUGAUGAAGAACAGGCGAGCCAUCACCGUGGAGCAACACGUUGGGAACAUCUUCCUCUUCAGCAAAGUGGCCAAUGCCAUCCUCUUCUUCCGGCUGGACAUUCGCAUGGGACUGCUCUACCUCACCAUGUGUAUUGUGUUCCUGAUGACGUGCAAGCCUCCUCUCUACAUGGGCCCGGAGUACAUCAAGUACUUCAGCGACAAAACUAUAGAAGAGGAGCUGGAGAGGGACAGCCGUGUGACGUGGAUCGUGGAGUUCUUUGCCAACUGGUCCCCGGAGUGCCAGUCCUUCGCCUCCGUCUACGCGGACCUGUCACUGAAAUACAAUUGUGCAGGACUGAAGUUUGGGAAAGUGGAUGUGGGGCGGUAUGGAGAGGUAACCAAUAAGUACAAGGUGAGCACCUCUCCUCUCACCAAGCAGCUGCCCACCCUCGCGCUCUUCCAGGGCGGGAAGGAGCUCAUGAGACGCCCCCAAAUCGACAAGAAGGGCAGAGCCGUGUCCUGGACCUUCUCUGAGGAGAAUAUCAUCCGAGAGUUCAACCUCAAUGAGCUUUACCAGAAAUCCAAGAAGCUGUCCAAGAACAAAGGUGAGAAGCUAGCAGAGGACCAACUCCCAACCGUGCCAGAGAAGGAUGAGGUAGAGGCGGAGCCAGAGGUCCAAGAGGAGGAGUCAGAGAGCAAGAAGGACAAAUAAGGCAGAAUAAGGAUGGAACUCAUCCGGUCAAUGGCGUGACAUCACAAUGGGACUGCGGGGAAUUGUGCUCACGCAAAGGGGAGGGGUUUAUUGAUGAGAUUGUCGAGGUUGGAGUUUGGGCACAAAUGAGAAAAUUUUAAUUUCAGAUUCAGCUUAGUCACUAGUAGCUAUUUAUGUUUGUCAGUGUUUUAAUGAAAAUGAAUUUAGCUGUAAAUGUGAAACACUGUAUUUAAAUUGUUUCUAUUCUUUCUUUCAUUCUAAAUGUUGCUUCCAUUGAGAGUGCCCAGUCCCCCCACCAAUGUGCUUUAGCACUGAAUCUGUUUUGGUGGUGGUGGUUUUAUGAAGGAGUUCUAUUCAUUUCAGUUAAAACCGUUACACCAAGAUAUAUAUGCAGUAAUAAUGGAGUAUGAUGGCAUUCAGAUUAUCAGGUGGUUACACAGAGGAAUCAGUUGUCCAUAUUUUGACGAUGUGGCUCAGGCUUUGAUCUGUGUAACACUUUGAUAGGACUAGUUCUACAACUCCUAGAGUUUGUUGUUCUUUCUGUUAGGGUGCUCAUCUCUCUCUGUCCUUAAAUUCAGUAGUGGUGGGGAGUUCAGCCUUAAUCUUGGUGCAGAAGAGACUCAGAACAAAACAGAGAACCAAGAAGCUGAAAGUUGUUCAUACUCCCUCACAUGUUCCCUUUGCCUUUGCUUUGUCUGAAUGAUGAAGGCGUGAGGACUUCUAACACUAAUGCUUAUCACUUAUCAAAGCCAAUCACUCAUUUGGAGGAAUUUUUUUCGUAAGUAAAAUCCUAAAUGUCAAUAUUUGGAACUGUUACUGAAGAAGUCUAAUAGAAGGCAUACGGUUGAAUUUUGGUAACUUGUAUUUAAAUUGGGAUAAUCCUACAGUAUAGGCUUAACUGAUGAAGAAGAGGGAGUUUAAGAAGAUUAGGAAGUAGAACCUUAGCUGUCUGUGGGCCAGGUGUUGGUCUGGCUUCCCAUGUAGGAGAGGAGAGAAAGCUAAUGUUCUCAGAUUCAACUGUUAUAUCCCCGCAUGUUCUCCCCAAAUCCCCUACAUGUGUGCCUUUACUAAAAUGGAUUCAGUUUAACACUGUAAAGUCUUAACAUUUUAAUACUAUUUUUACUUUGUUGUCUCAUAGUCCUGCAUUCUCGCACUGGUGCGAUUCAGCUCAUCCCUCUCUGCUCAGAGCAGUGUCCUUGGCGCCCCCUGCUGUUUGUGUUGAGAGCACACUCAGCUCCACACUCCCACUGCUGCUUGAUACAGCCCACUUUUCUACUGUCUGCACAUCUUGUUGAAUUUGUCUCCCAUAGUAACUGAUGGCACAGCUAGCAUAACGGUUAAAGGAGUUUGCUGUAGAGGUUUUAAGUUUUCCUCUUCCAGUGAGAUCCCAGCUGUGGCAGAUGGGUGACAACAUGUCAGACUUCACUAAAUGGGCAUGUCCAACUGCAACUAACCCUUUUAUGGCAUACACCUCUACUGCUACACACAAAUACAAACACUAUCAACUGCUCCCUGAGUUUAUUCCACAGUGCAGGUAUGUUUCUGUGCUUCUCCAGCUAAACCCUUCAGCAAUCGUGUUCCAAACUCCCUGGCAGCUGCACGCAGUGGCCUGCAGGGGGCAGCCUUUGUAGGUUUAUAUUAGUGCUGUAUGACUGAAAGAGCCUGUUGAGUGAU